AUGCAUCUUCAGUUGGACGGAUGGAGUAAUAUAAACAACGAAGGUGUUAUUAAUUUUAUUAUUUCAAAACCAGAACCAGUCUUUGUUGAGAGUUUAAACACUGAACAGAAUCGCCACACAAGUGAAUAUCUCCGGGAAGAAAUUUUAAAAGUCAUGAGAACAUACCGCGAAGACAAGUUUGUUGUUGUUAUUGGUGACAACGCUAGAAAUAUACAAAAGACUUUUCAAUUAGUCAAAGAAGUACAACCACAUGAUGUGCCUCUAAACUGCGCAGCACACACUAUUAAUUUGCUAGCUCAUGACGUACUGAAAUGUGAAGGUUUCAACAAUUUCAUUAAACUCUGCAUAGAUGUAAUAAAAUCUAUAAAAAAAUCGCAAGUACUGGGAUCAAAGCUACAGCAAAUCGUGAAACUAAAGAAAUCAGGCGAAAAAUUUAAGCUGCCGUGCUGUACAAGAUGA